GACCCACAAACCGCAGACCUCUUUUGGAAGAAUAUUGAAAAAGAAAAGGAAAUUAUUCGUAGAAGGCAGGAGGAAUUAAUCCGCAAUAAUACAGAAAAGGAUGCAUUAAAGCUCUUAGAAACAGCACGCACAGAAAAAACAAAAGAAAUAUUGAAUUCGUUAAAACGGAAAUCUGAGGAUAUAUCGAGUGCAAAAAAACGAUACAAAUUACCUGGCGAUUCUGAAUAUUAUGAGUGUAGUGAUUCAGGAGAAAGUGAUACAGAAUCGAUAAAUGAAGUACAUGAUGAUGAGGAGAUAAAAAACCUUUCACAGGAUGAGACGGAUAUUCGAAACAAAUUACUUAAAAUUCUUACAGCAAAUAAAGAGAAGGACAAAAGAGCUGGGAAAGAUUUUAUGAAAUCAAUAUUUCUCAAUAAUAUUUUAGAUCUAUCGGAUAAUGAAACAUACAAACAGAUUAAAAAGUCCCUAAGUAAAGAUCAAUCUAGUUGGCUCGAAGAAGUUCUUCAGAAGAAAACAUGGAAACCAACUCCCGAGUAUACACAGUAUAUUAAUCAAUUCACCGAAGAAGCAUGUACUCGAAAUGAGAUCCCUACUAUUGCUCGUAGAUCUUUUGUAUCUCUAAGAUUUGAUCCUUAUUUCCACGAAGCACAUGAUAUUGCCCAGCACAUACUAACACACCUGAUUGAACAAAUUACUCCUGAUACAAAGAACAACAAGUUUGAUGGAUUAUAUAAAGUAAUUAGCACAACAGGCAACAAUCAAGUAAUUAUUAUUAUUGAAUUUUCACCAGUAAAUAAAACAAUCACGAAUGUUAUGGAAAAUAAUAAUAUUUAUGUAAUUUCAGUAGAAGAUACUCCGCAAAAGAAAAAAAGUAACAAAAAUAAACCUUUAUCCAAAUCCCCAUCUCCUGAUUCCUCACGUCCUAGUUCUCCAUCUCCCGGUUCAACAUCGUCAGGUCGCGAUUUGAUGCGUUAUCUGGAUUCAUCAGUUCAUGAGAAAAUCGAUUUAAAUGAUUUAGAAAAUACUCAUUAA